AGAGUGUCAGGCCUUGAAAGGAGACCACAUGCUCCUCCGACCACACUACCGUCACGGCUCUGUUAGCAGUCGCUACAGCCGGUGCCCAGCAAAGCCAUCAUAUUCUCUGUGUUCAGACGACCAGUGGACUGACAAAUGUCCAUCUGGCUGUCGGCUGGACGGUCUGAUAGAUGCCACAGAAACCGACUUCCACAGACGCCUGGGGCAGGUCUGCUCACAGGCUCAGACGUACCAGAGUGCCAUCUCCUCAGCUAUGCUGAUGACCACAGCCAUCUACUACACCCACCGCAAGAUCAUAGUCAAGAACUAUGUUGCUGAGCUGAGAUAUGCAGAGAGGUUUGAGGACCUUCAAAGGAACCUGACGCUACUGCAGAGACGUUCCACAGAGCUCUCCAGAAAACUACACAAGAUACACAGCCUCGUACAGCAGCAGAUUAUCGAUAUGCGACGGAUGGAGGUGGACAUUGACAUCAAACUUCGAGCUUGUCAUGGGUCAUGCAAACACACCUUUGUCCAUCACAUCGACCAUGACGCCUACACAGACAUGGAGAGCCAGCUAGCCAAAUUGAACCCUUUGACUACCAAAAAAGCCAUGUUCCCAGCCGACAUAAGGAAGCUCGUCCUACAGCCAGUGCUCCGUCCUCCCAGCUCCCACUCUUACAGAAGCAUCCCGAUAGUACGCAAGGAGUUUCUAACACAGUUCGAGGACAUCGACUUGAACCAAAUCGUUUUAGAGGAACUUUUCAAUGACUUUGACUUAGAGGACUGAAAAUCAGAUUUUCUCAGCAGUUAGGCAAAGGCUUACUACCUCAUAAGUUGACUGCAUUGUUUGCGUCAAAAAUAUCUUCAUAAACAAGCCAUCGCUCAUUGUCUGUUACCACACAAUCUUUAUUUAUAUCAUAUGUUUACUGUAGAGGUAUGAUGGUGCAUUGCACAUGUUUAGGGAAAGACUCGAAUAAAGUGCACACAGUCCAAUGUUUGUGAACUGUUGACAAUAAGAAAUUCAUAUUGAGCCCAGGGUUUUGGUGUUCUGUUUAUUUUUCAUCAUCUCACAGAGAGGGAGCUCAAGACACAAAGGGCCGGUGUGAGCUGGAGUGGCGCUGUGCUGGUCAUGGGCUGAUGGGAGCGUGGGCAAGCCAGAGCUAACGCAACCGCUAACAGCUACCUAGCGCUAGACUGCACGGGCCUGAUCUGAACUGGGUGCAGAUGAUCUAUGCCAGACCAGGCCCUGGUGUCUUUACAGAGCUCCUUGAUCUGGACUGGGUGCAGAUGAUCUACAGUAUGCCAGACCAGGCCCUGGUGUAUUUAUAGAGCUCCUUGCUGUUAGUCCACCAUAACAAGGCGUGCAUCACAGCUGAAGAUGGUGUAGACCUUAAGAAGCCCCCCUCCCCCCCCCUUCAUUAUUUUUUGGUGCAAUUGUGUCAUGUCACCUGUACCUGUGUUAAACAAGAAAGUUUGUUUGAAAAGAAACUUUGUUAAAAGAAAGGUUGUUUGAAAUCCAGGUCGCAAGUACCUUAUUUCCACAAUACAAUUUUGAUGAAUGGGACAGUUCCAACCCAGAACACUAGUGAGGACAGUCUACCAAGCAAGUCGUGGUGCAGGCAUGCCAUCUUUUUACAUAUAGGGACAGUGGAAAAAAUGUCAUUGAAUGUUUUUCCCUUAUAGUUUAAUAAUAAAUUGGGUACCCUUGCAGAUAUGAAUUUGAUUUUGUAUUUCAGUUGUUUUUGUAUAUGGUCUGUGGUACAAGAGAGAUGAGAAAGGAAGCAUUUGUUUGUUUAUGAACAUUUAUUUGCAGAAAGUUUUGAUAUGCUUGCACUGCAUCAUUU